AUGGCCGACGAAGAUUGUAUAAACCCCGAGUUCCUUAGUGUUCUCGAGGAAUUCACCAGGAUUCGAGACGCAUACGUAGCGUUAGAAGCUUACCAUAGAAUGCAAGAAGAAACGCUGCACGUGGAACAAGAACGGUCUGAGAAAAUGCAGGAAAAUCUGGAAAAGCUUUCGAAAACUUACGUGUUGCGCGACAAACAAUACAAAUCGGUCGUCGAUGAAUUACAAAAGGAUAAUGAGAAUCUUCGCAAGACAGUCGAGAAUCUGAGGGAACAGUGUGAUCAUUUGCGUUUGAUCAACACCGAUCGAAACGGAAAUGACGAACAAAUGGGCAGAUUGCAGGAUGAAUUGGAGGUUUUAAAGGCGCAGAUACUGAUGCAACAAGAACAACACAACGAAGACGUUGCUGUGUUAAAACAGAAACAUUCUGACGAGAUUCAGAGGUAUCAAAUGUUGUUGAAGAACGCGAAACAGGGCCCCGCAUCUGAAUCCAAGAAGAGGGGACCACCAGAGAAUUCCAGCAAAAGUAAAAAUCAAUCUUCGUAUGUUAGAUGGCUAGAGUUGAAUAUAAAUAAGAUAAACAUUUCGGCGAAGAGCAACGAGGAGACCGGAAGAAGGAACAAGAGGAGGAAAUUAUUUAGCGAGAAUACAGAAAAUACGAUCGAUAUUCUUUAA